AUGGCAGCUGGUGGUAUAAAGAAGAAGUCCUCUUUGAGGGGCAAGAUCGAACGGAAAGAACAAUUGGCUAAUAAGAUUUCCGAGUUUAAACUGCAGUUUGAACCCUCAAAGCAGGACCAAGAAGAGUACCAUGAGAACCCAUUACUCAAACUUGCAAAGACAACCAAGAAACAGAAACAACAGGAGAAAAGUGAUCGUUUCAUUAACCAAUUGGUUAACAAAGUCACAUUCAAUACCAGUGGGAAUAUAAGUAAGUCAGCUUUGCGAAGGAGAAAGAGAAAAGAAAAGGAGCAGUUGAAGCCAAAGAUGGAUGAGUUAUUCAAAAGUUUACCCACUGAUAUCGAAAAUAGCAAUGAUAACAGCGAAUCAAAGAGCAAGUUGGUAAAUAAGAUUGUUGAUAGUCGACUAGUGGGCGCAAAGAAAAGUGCUCAUAACAACAACAACAACAACCAAGUUGAUAUGGAAACUUUUGUUGACUCAAAGAAGGUUAACUUGAACAAACCAAACCCAGUUAAGGCUACAGGCUACAAACGAAUUAUGCAAGAAGAAAGCAAGACUUUUAACGAGGUGUUGAAAAACCCACAAUUCCGAGCCUCGCCUUUUGAUGCUUUGAAAGCAGCUAUCCAGCAGAACAUGAAGUAG